CGCCGCCGCCUGAGCAGCUCGGGGCGGGCGAGGCCGACGCAGCUGCUUCUCCAGAGCCGCGAGCCCGGGCGGGGACCGGAGCCGGCUUCCCGAGGAAGUGGGGCCGCGCGCCGCGGAGCUGCGCGGAGGAAGGAAGCGCCGCGGCUGCUGAUGUCAGAGAGCCCGGAAAGUCGAGCCGGAAAAAUCUGAAGACAGCAGCGGGGCUCUGCCGCUCGCCCCGCGGAGGCACCGCUGUCCACCCCCGCGCCCCUCGGAGCUCGGAGCCCGGAGCCGGCGCUGGCUGCGCCUGGCCAGGCUACCGGGCGCGGAGGAGCCCGGGCGGCCACCCUGGAAUACAGAUAAGCGGCAGGCAGCGGACGUGGGUUUAAUGCACCCGGACUCCGAGUGGAUGUGGCCGCGGCCGUGGCCGUGAUCCCGGGCUGCGCGCGGACGGCAGCCGGCUGCCGGCGGAAGGACAGACCGACGUCGCCCAGCCGGAACCAUGUGAGGCUGACCAGGAAGACAGCGUCCAUGGGAGCCCCCGGGGGCCGUCCCCUGGGCCUCGGCUCUGUCCAGAUGGAGCGGGGGCACUGCCAGCCUCUGGCCCCCCUCUGGCGUGCCAACCGCUGGCCUCGGGUCCUGCUCGCGGGGCUGUGGGUGCUGCUGGUGCCCGGGGCGGCCGGCAUGCCUCAGUUUAGCACUUUCCACUCUGAGAACCGAGACUGGACCUUCAACCACCUGACUGUGCACCGAGGGACGGGGGCUGUGUAUGUGGGGGCCAUCAACCGCGUCUACAAGCUGACGGGCAACCUGACUGUCCAAGUGGCCCACAAGACGGGGCCGGAGGAGGACAACAGGUCCUGCUACCCCCCGCUCAUCGUGCAGCCGUGCGGGGAGGUGCUCACGCUCACCAACAACGUCAACAAGCUGCUGCUCAUCGACUACCCCGAGAACCGCCUCCUGGCCUGCGGCAGCCUCUACCAGGGCGUCUGCAAGCUGCUGCGGCUGGACGACCUGUUCACCCUGGUGGAGCCCUCCCACAAGAAGGAGCACUACCUGUCCAGCGUCAACAAGACGGGCACCAUGUACGGGGUGAUCGUGCGCUCUGAGGGCCGGGACGGGAAGCUCUUCAUCGGCACAGCCGUGGACGGUAAGCAGGACUACUUCCCCACGCUGUCCAGCCGCCAGCUGCCCCGCGACCCCGAGUCCGCGGCCAUGCUGGACUACGAGCUGCACAGCGACUUCGUCUCCUCCCUCAUCAAGAUCCCCUCAGACACACUGGCCCUGGUCUCCCAGUUCGACAUCUUCUACAUCUAUGGCUUCGCCAGCGGGGGCUUCGUCUACUUCCUCACCGUGCAGCCCGAGACCCCGGAGGGCGUGUCCGUCAGCUCUGCCGGAGACCUCUUCUACACCUCUCGCAUCGUGCGCCUCUGCAAGGACGACCCCAAGUUCCACUCCUACGUGUCCUUGCCUUUCGGCUGCACGCGGGCGGGCGUGGAGUACCGCCUGCUGCAGGCCGCGUACCUCGCCAAGCCCGGGGAUGCGCUGGCCCAGGCCUUCAACAUCAGCAGCCAGGACGAUGUGCUCUUUGCCAUCUUCUCCAAAGGACAGAAGCAGUACCACCACCCGCCCGACGACUCCGCCCUGUGUGCCUUCCCCAUCCGAACCGUCAACCUGCAGAUCAAAGAGCGCCUGCAGUCCUGCUACCAAGGCGAGGGCAAUCUGGAGCUCAACUGGCUGCUGGGCAAGGACGUCCAGUGUACCAAGGCGCCCGUCCCCAUCGAUGACAGCUUCUGUGGACUGGACAUCAACCAGCCCCUGGGCGGCUCCACCCCCGUGGAGGGCCUGACCUUGUACACCACCAGCCGCGACCGCAUGACUUCUGUGGCUUCCUACGUCUACAAUGGCUGCAGCGUGGUGUUCGUGGGCACGAAGAGCGGCAAGCUGAGGAAGAUUCGAGCUGAUGGUCCCCCCCAUGGUGGGGUCCAGUACGAGAUGGUCUCUGUGCUCAAAGAUGGGAGCCCCAUCCUCCGGGACAUGGCCUUCUCCAUUGAUCAGCGCUACCUAUACGUCAUGUCUGAGAGGCAGGUCACCAGGGUCCCCGUGGAGUCAUGCGAGCAGUACACGACUUGUGGGGAGUGCCUGAGCUCGGGAGACCCUCACUGUGGCUGGUGCGCCCUGCACAAUAAGUGCUCCCGCAGGGACAAGUGCCACCGGGCCUGGGAGCCGAAUCGCUUCGCCGCCAGCAUCAGCCAGUGCAUGAGCCUGGCAGUGCAGCCCAGCAGCAUCUCGGUGUCUGAGCAUAGCCAGAAGCUCAACCUGGUCGUGAGUGAUGCUCCAGAUCUGUCUGCAGGCGUCACCUGUGCCUUUGGGAACCUGACAGAGGUGGAAGGGCGUGUGUCUGGGAGCACUAUCAUCUGCACGUCGCCUGGGCCCAAGGAUGUCCCCUCUGUCCCCCUGGAUCAAGACUGGUUUGGACUAGAGCUGCAGCUGAGGUCCAAGGAGACAGGGAAGAUUUUUGUCAGCACUGAGUUCAAGUUUUACAACUGCAGCGCCCACCAACUGUGCCUGUCCUGUGUCAACAGCGCCUUCCGCUGCCACUGGUGCAAGUACCGCAACGUCUGCACUCAUGACCCGACCACCUGCUCCUUUCAGGAGGGCCGCAUCAAUAUUUCGGAGGACUGUCCCCAGCUGGUGCCCACGGAGGAGAUCCUCAUUCCAGUCGGGGAGGUGAAGCCCAUCACCCUGAAGGCCCGCAACCUGCCUCAGCCUCAGUCCGGCCAGCGUGGCUACGAGUGCGUCCUCAGCAUCCAGGGGGCCAUCCACCGUGUGCCCGCCCUGCGCUUCAACAGCUCCAGUGUCCAGUGCCAGAACAGCUCGUACCAGUACGAUGGGAUGGACAUCAGCAACCUGGCCGUGGACUUCGCUGUGGUGUGGAACGGCAACUUCAUCAUCGACAACCCGCAGAACCUGAAAGUGCACCUCUACAAGUGCGCAGCCCAGCGGGAGAGCUGCGGCCUCUGCCUCAAGGCCGACCGCAAGUUCGAGUGCGGCUGGUGUAGCGGAGAGCGAAAAUGCACCCUCCAGCAGCACUGCAGCAGCCCCGCCAGCCCCUGGCUCGACUGGUCCAGCCACAAUGUCAAGUGCUCCAACCCCCAGAUCACUGAGAUUUUGACCGUGUCUGGACCACCCGAGGGAGGGACUCGUGUGACCAUCCACGGCGUGAACCUGGGCCUGGACUUCUCUGAGAUCGCGCACCACGUGCAGGUGGCUGGGGUACCCUGCGCGCCCCUGCCGGGGGAGUACAUCAUCGCUGAGCAGAUCGUGUGCGAAAUGGGCCACGCGCUGGUGGGGACCACCUCGGGGCCCGUGCGCCUCUGCAUCGGCGAAUGCAAGCCAGAGUUCAUGACCAAGUCCCACCAGCAGUACACCUUCGUGAACCCUUCAGUGCUGUCACUCAACCCCAUCCGUGGACCAGAGUCGGGCGGCACCAUGGUGACCAUCACGGGCCAUUACCUUGGCUCUGGAAGCAGCGUGGCAGUGUCCCUGGGCAACCAGACCUGCGAGUUCUACGGGAGGUCAAUGAACGAGAUCGUGUGUGUCUCUCCCCCGUCAUCCAACGGGCUGGGCCCAGUCCCGGUUUCAGUGAGUGUGGACAGAGCCCGUGUGGAUAACAGCCUGCAGUUCGAGUACAUAGACGACCCCCGGGUUCAGCGCGUGGAGCCGGAGUGGAGCAUCACCAGUGGCCACACCCCCCUGACGGUCACGGGCUUCAACCUGGACGUCAUUCAGGAGCCAAGGAUCCGAGUCAAGUUCAAUGGCAAAGAGUCUGUCAAUGUGUGUAAAGUUGUGAACGCGACCACCCUCACCUGCUUGGCGCCCUCUCUGACCACCGACUACCGCCCUGGCCUGGACACCGUGGAGCGGCCCGAGGAGUUCGGCUUUGUCUUCAACAACGUCCAGUCCUUGCUGAUUUACAACGAUACCAAGUUCACCUACUACCCCAACCCGACCUUCGAGCUACUCAGCCCAACCGGCGUCUUGGACCAAAAGCCAGGGUCGCCCAUCAUCCUGAAGGGCAAGAACCUCUGCCCUCCUGCCUCCGGAGGGGCCAAACUCAACUACACAGUGCUGAUCGGGGAGACGCCCUGCGCCGUCACCGUGUCUGAGACGCAGCUCCUCUGCGAGCCUCCCACCCUCACGGGGCAGCACAAGGUCACGGUCCUCGUGGGCGGGACGGUCUUCUCGCCCGGCUCGGUGAGCGUCGUCUCGGACAGCCUGCUGACCCUGCCUGCCAUCGUCAGCAUCGCGGCCGGCGGCAGCCUCCUGCUCGUCAUUGUCAUCAUGGUGCUCAUCGCCUACAAGCGCAAGUCGCGGGAGAACGACCUCACGCUCAAGCGGCUGCAGAUGCAGAUGGACAACCUGGAGUCGCGUGUGGCCCUGGAGUGCAAGGAGGCUUUCGCUGAGCUCCAGACCGACAUCAAUGAGCUCACCAGUGACCUGGACCGCUCAGGAAUCCCCUACCUGGAUUACCGCACCUAUGCAAUGCGAGUACUGUUCCCAGGCAUUGAGGACCACCCUGUCCUGCGGGAGCUGGAGGUGCAGGGGAACGGGCAGCAGCACGUGGAGAAGGCGCUGAAGCUCUUCGCCCAGCUCAUCAACAACAAGGUCUUCCUGCUGACCUUCAUCCGCACGCUGGAGCUGCAGCGCAGCUUCUCCAUGCGCGACCGCGGCAACGUGGCCUCGCUCAUCAUGACCGGGCUGCAGGGCCGCCUGGAGUACGCUACCGACGUCCUCAAGCAGCUGCUGUCCGACCUCAUCGAGAAGAACCUGGAGAACAAGAACCACCCCAAGCUGCUGCUGCGGAGGACCGAGUCGGUGGCCGAGAAGAUGCUGACCAACUGGUUCGCCUUCCUCCUGCACAAGUUCCUGAAGGAGUGCGCGGGGGAGCCGCUCUUCAUGCUGUACUGUGCCAUCAAGCAGCAGAUGGAGAAGGGCCCCAUCGACGCCAUCACCGGCGAGGCACGCUACUCCCUGAGCGAGGACAAGCUCAUCCGGCAGCAGAUAGAGUACAAGACCCUGAUCCUGAACUGUGUCAAUCCCGACAACGAGAACAGCCCAGAGAUCCCGGUGAAGGCGCUGAACUGCGACACCAUCACGCAGGUCAAGGAGAAGAUCCUGGACGCCGUGUACAAGAACGUGCCCUACUCCCAGCGGCCUCGCGCCGUGGACAUGGACUUGGAGUGGCGCCAGGGCCGCAUCGCCCGGGUGGUCCUGCAGGACGAGGACAUCACCACCAAGAUCGAGGGCGACUGGAAGCGGCUCAACACGCUGCUGCACUAUCAGGUGUCAGACAGGUCGGUGGUGGCCCUGGUCCCCAAACAGACCUCUUCCUACAACAUGCCCGCCUCUGCCAGCAUCUCCCGGACGUCCAUCAGCAGAUACGACUCCUCCUUCAGGUACACGGGCAGCCCUGACAGCCUGCGCUCCCGGGCCCCCAUGAUCACCCCAGACCUGGAGAGUGGGGUCAAGAUUUGGCACCUGGUGAAGAACCAUGACCACGGCGACCAGAAGGAGGGUGACCGGGGCAGCAAGAUGGUGUCUGAGAUCUACCUGACCCGGCUGCUGGCCACCAAGGGCACCCUGCAGAAGUUUGUGGAUGACCUGUUUGAGACCUUGUUCAGCACUGUGCACCGGGGCAGUGCCCUGCCCCUAGCCAUCAAAUACAUGUUUGACUUCCUGGACGAGCAGGCAGACAGACACAGCAUCCACGACACCGAUGUUCGGCACACCUGGAAGAGCAACUGCCUGCCCCUGCGCUUCUGGGUGAACGUGAUCAAGAACCCGCAGUUCGUGUUCGACAUCCACAAGGGCAGCAUCACGGACGCCUGCCUGUCAGUGGUGGCCCAGACCUUCAUGGACUCCUGCUCCACCUCGGAGCACCGGCUGGGCAAGGACUCACCCUCCAACAAACUGCUCUACGCCAAGGACAUCCCCAGCUACAAGAGCUGGGUGGAGAGAUACUAUGCAGACAUCGCCAAACUCCCCGCCAUCAGCGACCAGGACAUGAACGCCUACCUCGCCGAGCAGUCCCGCCUGCACGCUGCAGAGUUCAACAUGCUGAGCGCCCUCAAUGAGAUCUACUCGUAUGUCAGCAAGUACAGCGAGGAGCUCAUUGGGGCCCUGGAGCAGGACGAGCAGGCUCGGCGGCAGCGGCUGGCCUACAAAGUGGAGCAGCUAAUCAGCGCCAUGUCCAUCGAGAGCUAAGAGGAGGCCUGCCGUCCUGGGACAAGGAACCCAUCCAAGCCGUCACCCUGGAGUCUCGGAAGGAAAGACAAGUGCAGGGGACCAGCCCCGAGCUUGCUGCCCCUGAGGCCCCAUCCUGGGGAAAGGGGUGGGCCGCCAGCCAGGUUCCGUCACAGCCAGUUCCUGUGGGGAGGAGAGCGGGCGUCGGCCGUCCAUGGCAGCGGCACCUAGGGCUGCCACCAGGCGAGGAAAAGGCGGCCCUUCCAGCUGAGAGGCUCAGGCUCGCUGGUCCUGCCUCUGUGACUGCUGCUUUGCAUGAAACUCAUUUGAUGUAUAUUGGGGAAAUAAUGAGAACUUUAUUUAAUUUUUUUAAGAAAAAGGGAAAAAAACAGAAAUAAAACAAAACAAAAAGCC